AUGGCCUGAUCAUCGAUCGCUGCCGAUGGCAGCAGACGUACGACGCGCUACGAUAUCGACAUGACCAAGUGCAUCUACUGUGGCUUUUGUCAGGAGGCCUGCCCUGUGGAUGCCAUUGUCGAGGGACCCAAUUUCGAAUUCUCCACAGAGACGCACGAGGAGUUGCUGUACAACAAGGAAAAGCUGCUCUGCAACGGCGACAAAUGGGAGUCUGAGAUUGCGUCCAAUCUGCAAGCGGAUCAUCUCUAUCGUUAAUGUCGGUUGUACA